CGAGUGGAAAUACAUUAGUUUGGAGAAGAGAAACAGAGAGGAAGAGAGAGAGACACAGAGAGGCAGUUCUGAGAAACAAUGGCGGUAGAAGACACUCCCAAAUCUGUUGUUACGGAAGAAGCAAACCCUAAUUCUAUAGAGAAUCCGAUUGAUCGAUACCAUGAGGAAGGUGAUGAUGCCGAAGAAGGAGAGAUCGUUGGAGGUGAUGGAGACGGAAACGUUGACGAAUCGAGCAAAUCCGCUGUUCCUCAAUCGCAUCCUUUAGAACAUUCAUGGACUUUCUGGUUCGAUAAUCCUUCUGUGAAAUCGAAGCAAACCACUUGGGGAAGUUCCUUGCGACCCGUGUUCACGUUCUCCACUGUUGAGGAAUUUUGGAGUUUGUACAAUAACAUGAAGCAUCCGAGCAAGUUAGCUCAUGGAGCUGACUUCUACUGUUUCAAACACAAUAUUGAACCUAAGUGGGAGGAUCCUAUUUGUGCAAAUGGAGGCAAAUGGACUAUGAAUUUCCCUAAGGAGAAGUCUGAUAAGAGCUGGCUCUACACUUUGCUUGCUUUGAUUGGAGAACAGUUCGAUCACGGAGAUGAAAUAUGCGGAGCAGUUGUUAACAUUAGAGGAAAGCAAGAAAGGAUAUCUAUUUGGACCAAAAACGCUUCAAACGAAGCUGCUCAGGUGAGCAUUGGAAAACAAUGGAAGGAGUUUCUUGAUUACAACAACAGCAUAGGUUUCAUCAUCCAUGAGGAUGCGAAGAAGCUCGACAGGAAUGCAAAGAACGCUUACACCGCUUGAAACGAAACAACCUCUCUCAAAUCUUUGCAUUGUUUCAAUUACAGUUUUGUAUGUGAGAGAUCUCUAUUUAUAUCAUCGCAACAUGACUUGACACACUGUCUUUGCUCGUGAGUGUUGAUUGUUCACAAGCUCUGACAUUUCAUUUAGUAAUAUAUUUGUAUGGUCUUAUGAUGGUAGUCA